CCGACCUAUGCACUCAACUUCGACUGCUCCUCGAAUCCUCUCCCGAUGCCAUAUCAAUCAACGAGAUUCUUGCACGCGUAGACUCAUUCGUACUAGAAUGUUCUGCAUCUCAAGAAGCAAGCACGCUCCUUUAUCAGCUCGAAGUCGAGCUCGAAGCAGUUUACGACGAAGUCCUCUGCCAUGCCUUGUUUCCUCGAGUUGAACUUUUCCUUGCAUUCCUCUACCACCUGCGCCCGGUAUUGCCAUCAAUUGCAAUCAUAUCCACCUGGUUCGACCUUGUGCUUCGACCUACCUUACGAGAACCAAAGCUUCCGCUGCCGGCUGUGAACUAUGCGAAAGAGCUCAUCAUCACUGCGCUCGACCCUGGAAACAACUUCAGCCAUUCGGACGCAGAGGACGCGAAUUCAGAGGCCGACAAACAAAAGGAACGAGUAGGCGACUUUCGGAGGCGACUGGUAGAUCUAUACCUGUUGGAUGCGUACAACGAAAGCUCCGGAGAUGAUGUUUUGGAGUGGGCGGAGCUAGAUCAGGACCAACGAGAGAGGAAGGCCUGCUGGAAGUCUAAUCUUGAGGAUAUCCUCGUCAGAAUUGGACUCGAACGACCCAAGGAUUUCUUUACCGAACUAUAUCACUGCUUCAUCCUGCCGAUAUCUCGUCUACAACUCCUCACUCUCCUCAAUGCAUACACCUCGCACCCUCAUUUCCCAGCACAUGCGGACGUCCUAGCAUCACACCCCCUCAUGACCUCACUAUUGCACUCCCUCAUCUUUGACAACUCCUCCACGGUCUGCACUAUUGCAUUGACUAUCCUUAGCAAGCUCCUACCUGUAUUCGCCGUCAAGGCCUCCGGUCACCUGAAGAGCCUUUUGCCCCUUCUGCUCGUUGUUCUUGCACGCAUUCUCUGCUGGAAAGAACGCCCACCAUGGACUCCACUGCUCCCUGCAUCUCCUGAAACGGAUGACACUGAUGCUGAGGAUGCAGCGGCAUCCGGCGACGACGGUCUGAACCCUCGUGAAGGCGCACGUCCACUUCCUAUACGCGAGGACCUCGACUGGACACGGCUGGAGCUGACGUUUGACGGCGCACCAUCGGGUGCGCCAUCUGUCCAUCGCUACUUCACGUUCCUGUACUACCUCUUCCCGUGCAAUACCAUACGGUUCCUCCGUUUCCCUGUCAAGUAUCUGAACGACAGCGGGCUUGAAAGCGUGUACGCGUUGGACUGGGAUGCCGCGCUCGACGAAGAGAAGGUCCGGAGCAAGAGCGAGCGACUGUUGCGCGGGCACGUCCUACACCCGCUACUGAUCUGGCGCGAGCCGCAAGAGGAGCUCGAGAAGCCGGACUUCUGGUCGAAUUACGACAUCCCACAGAUCGUGGGCGGCGCAACUAUGCUCGACGUGCGCAACGCCGCCCUGGGGCUGCGCCAACAAGAGCAGCAGGGACCGCAACCCGUCGGUGCUUCCCAGCCUUCCGAGCAACCUCCAUCUCCACAGUACGAAAGGGCAUCUCGGCCGCCAUCCAUCGCCGAGCCCAUGUCACUCGUUGCGGAGGCUGAGGGUGGUGUGGAUGCCGCCGCACCGCUGUCAUCGUCAGUGGAGACCGUCCAUCUAGGGCCAGAAUUGCACUCACCGGACACGCCUGCGGCAGCGGCUCCCGUGCGGCUGAAGGUGUCGCUGUCGGAGAUGGUGGCGACGUCAGUCGCGUUGCGGUCGGGUUUCGAUGUCGAGAUUGUGGACGCGCCGUCGGAGUGGUCGACUACGUUGUUUCCCCUCCAGCCCCGGACGCGCUCGCCGUCGCGCAACGAUGGCGAAUCGCCACAGCCUCGGGAAGAGGGCGGUGAGCCGUCUCCUGGUCCCACGCCGUCAGACAAGGCGACGCAAGGGGAUGGGACCGUGCCCGCGCACGUCGCGCAGGCUAUAUCGGCGCUGCAGCGGGAGAUUCUGCUCCUCCGGAACGACCUGAACCUCGAACUGUGGACAGCGCGCGAGAAUGUGGCGCAUAUCGGACGGCUGUAUAAGGACCGUGUGUUGUCGCGGAACGAGGAGGCCGAACGGCAGGGUCUGCACAACAAGCUGAAGGAGUACAAACACAUGGUCACGCGUCUGAGGCGGGAGCUGAAGGAAGAGAAGGACCAAGCGGUUACACAGCGGCUGCGGUACACGGACUGGAACAGGGAGCUGCAGGAUAGGAUUGCGGCGCUCCGUGCCGAGAAGAAGAAAUGGACGAGCGAAGCUGCGUCAAUGCGUGCUGCGGAGAAGGAAGCGAAAGACACGUUCGCUGCGCAGGGCAAGCUUUUGGCAGACGCCAAUCAACUGGUGUUCCGCCUCGAGACACAGAUAAAGGAGAACGCGCAUAAAGUGGAUCGGCUGCACGACUACGAGACGCAGAUUGACCAACUGAUCAAGCUGCAGCGGCUAUGGGAAUCGGACGUGCAGAAGCUGAACGAUAGCAAGGAGUAUCUCACCGCCUUUGCGAGCAAGUACCGGAAGAUGGAACUUCGGCUGGAAGCAUAUGAGAAGACACUUGGCCAGAUGGACGCAAGUGCCGCUGUUCAACGGCAACAAAUUCUCGUUCUCGAGAGCGAAGUCAAACAUUGCAAGAAACAGCUAGAAACGGCGCGGCGGAGUUCGGUGCAUAAUGCACAUGCUGCUUUGCCCACCGAGUUGGUGAAAGCGCGGGAAACGCAUGAGCGGCUCAGAAGGGAGAACGACGAGUUGCGAGAAGAAGUAGAAGAGCUGAAUGCUAUGGUGGAGGAGCUGAAGGGCAAGGUGAGCGGGCGGACAGGCCUCAUAGGAUCGCCGCGAGUAGGGUCGCCGAUCUCGCCGCGGUCGUCGCCGCCGCGACCUUGAUAUCUAGCGCUCUGUAAUAGUUGCACCCAAUAAGGAAAGUGAGGUAGAACGUCGUAGAAGAGGAUGGAAGGUUCGCGCUGAGGACGAGACGAGGACACGGGCGCCUGGCCGCAUUGGUAGAGAAAGACGGAAGGUUCUCGAAUGGCGAGGCGAGGCAAGUACAUAAACCGUCUGCAGCCCUCUGCCCGCUCUCCAGAUCUGCUCAAUCUUUGUCCCACAUCUCGUCUUUCCCUCACGACCCUCACGCUCAAAAAUGGCCUCUGAAAGCUUUGGCUUCCAGGCUGAGAUCAGCCAGCUGCUCGACCUCAUCAUCAAUACCUUCUACUCCAACAAGGAGAUUUUCCUUCGUGAACUCAUCUCCAACGCGUCCGAUGCCCUCGACAAGAUCCGUUACGCGUCCCUCACGGAUCCCUCUGUCCUUGACACGGGCAAGGACCUUGUCAUCAAAAUCAUCCCCGACAAAGAGAACAAGAUCCUCUCCAUCAUUGAUACCGGUAUCGGUAUGACCAAGGCCGACCUCGUCAACAACCUUGGUACUAUCGCCAAGUCCGGUACAAAGGGUUUCAUGGAGGCGCUCCAGUCUGGCGCCGACAUCUCCAUGAUUGGCCAGUUCGGUGUCGGUUUCUACUCCGCUUACCUCGUCGCGGAGCGCGUGCAGGUCAUCUCGAAGCACAACGACGACGAGCAGUACAUCUGGGAGUCUGCGGCCGGCGGCACCUUCACCAUCACCCCCGAUACCAUUAACCCCCCUCUUGGCCGUGGUACCGAGAUUCGCCUCUACCUCAAGGAGGACCAGACUGAGUACCUCGAGGAGAAGCGCAUCAAGGAGAUCGUCAAGAAACACUCCGAGUUCAUCUCCUACCCCAUCCAGUUGGCGGUGACUAAGGAGGUGGAGAAGGCAAGUAAUCAUUCGGCUGCCUGCGCGCUUUUGGGAUUCGCCGAGGACAAGGAGGAGUCCAAGGUUGAGGAGGUCGAGGACGAGGAGAAGCCCAAGGAGAAGAAGACCAAGAAGAUCAAGGAGAAGGAGGUCACGACCGAGGAGCUCAACAAGACGAAGCCUAUCUGGACGCGCAACCCUUCAGACAUCACCCAAGAGGAGUACGCGGCGUUUUACAAGAGCUUGACCAACGACUGGGAGGAUCACCUGGCUGUCAAGCACUUCUCGGUCGAAGGUCAGCUCGAGUUCAAGGCUAUUCUCUUCGUCCCCAAGCGCGCACCCUUUGACCUCUUCGAGUCGAAGAAGAAGCGCAACAACAUCAAGCUCUACGUCCGCCGUGUCUUCAUCAUGGAUGACUGCGAGGACCUCAUCCCCGAGUACCUCAACUUCAUCAAGGGUAUCGUCGACUCGGAGGAUCUUCCGCUCAACAUUUCGCGUGAGACGCUCCAGCAGAACAAGAUCCUCAAGGUCAUCCGCAAGAACCUGGUCAAGAAGUCACUUGACCUCUUCUCCGAGAUCGCAGAGGACAAGGACAACUUCAACAAGUUCUACGAGGCGUUCGGCAAGAACAUCAAGCUCGGUAUUCACGAGGAUGCCCAGAACCGUAGCAAGCUUGCCGAGUUCUUGCGCUUCUACACGACGAAGUCUACCGAGGAGUUGACUUCGCUCAAGGACUACAUCACUCGCAUGCCCGAGGUCCAGAAGAACGUCUACUACCUCACUGGCGAGUCGCUCUCCGCUGUCAAGGACUCUCCUUUCCUCGAGGUCCUCAAGAAGAAGGGCUUCGAGGUUCUCCUCCUCGUCGACCCCAUCGACGAGUACGCCAUCACUCAGCUCAAGGAGUUCGAGGGCCACAAGCUCGUUUGCGUGUCGAAGGAAGGUCUCGAGCUCGAGGAGACUGAGGAGGAGAAGAAGGCGCGUGAGGAGGAGGCCAAGCAGUUUGAAGACCUGUGCAAGGCGGUGAAGGACGCGCUCGGCGACAAGGUCGAGAAGGUCGUCGUCUCGAACCGUAUCACAGACUCGCCCUGCGUUCUCGUCACCGGCCAAUUCGGCUGGUCGUCGAACAUGGAGCGUAUCAUGAAGGCGCAAGCACUCCGUGACUCUUCGAUGUCGUCGUACAUGGCGUCGAAGAAGACCCUCGAACUCAACCCCCACAACCCCAUCGUCAAGGAGCUCAAGCGGAAGGUUGCAGAGGACAAGGCGGACAAGUCCGUCCGCGACCUCACCUACCUCCUCUUCGAGACCGCUCUCCUUACCUCCGGUUUCUCGCUCGACGACCCCACGUCAUUCGCGAAGCGCAUCCACCGCAUGAUCGCUCUCGGUCUCGACGUUGACGAGGAGGAGUCCCAGCCUGUGGCGGCGCCAACGAGCACUGAGACUCCCGCAGCUGAGGCUGCGGCGACCUCUGCGAUGGAGGAGAUCGACUAG